CUCCUCACCUCUAUCCACCAUGGCCCAGCCCACCGAGCGUGCGUCGCCCGCCGACAUCCUCGCGCGCCUCCCGGCGUCCUUCGCCGCCGCCAAGGAGUCGGGCGACCUGUACUUCUUCCCGAGCACGAGCAGGAACGUUGCCGGCCAGUUCCCCUUCAACAUCACGAUCUGCCCCGCCAUCGGCGCGAAGAAGGCGGCCGCGCCCGCCGAAGAGCCCGCCCACGAGUCCAAGCGCGUCCGCACGGCCGAGACCAGCGCCGACAGGCCGAGCCCCUUCCGCCCGCCGUACGUGCCCGGUCUGUAUGUUGGCGCCUUUGCCGGCGUCGACGGCGAGGAGACGACCGCUGUGCUGCUGAACAAGUUCGCCGUGCUCCCGGAGCACUUCCUCCUCGUCCCGACCGAGGAGCAGCCACAGGCUCUCCCCCCGACCCCCGGACAGCUGGCGCGCACCUACUCGAUCCUCCAGGCCGCGGCGCGCUCGUCGCCGUCCCAGCGCCUCCUGGCCUUCUACAAUGGCGGACCGGGGGCCGGCGCGUCCCAGCGCUGGCGGCACGUCCAGUUCAUCGACGCCAAGGGUGGUGUGCCCCUCGACGACUGGGUGCGGGGGGUCACGUUCGAGCGCCAGGACCGCGCAGUCAUCCACCCGACCCUCCCCUACAUCCACAUCCUCCACCCCCUGCCUGCCGCCCACAGCGUCCCCUACCCGCUCAGCGAGGACGACCUGACGCUGCUGGCUGACAACCUCGCUCCGGCGCUGAUGCGCUCGCUCGACCUGGCGUUCGACGCGCUCCGCCGCUCGGGAGGCGACAGGAGCCAGGGCUGGAACCUGCUGAUGACGCUCGACGCGAUCCACCUCAUCCCGCGCUCGCAGCCCGCCUUCCCCCUCGGCGACGGGCAGACGCUCGACCUCAACGCGCUCGGCUACGCCGGCAUGCUCCUCGUCACGUCCGAGGCGCACGACGCGGCCCUCGACGCCGCGGCCAAGGCCGAGCAGGGCGGCCUCAUCUCCAUCCUCGCCAAGUGCGGCGUGCCGCGCGAGUUUGGCGAGCAGGCCAUCGAGCAGGACGCGAACCAGCACGGUGGUGCCGGCGCAGCUUGGGAAGGCCUGUAGGUGGUGCUGCUACUGCGCUGGCGCGGGGGAGCGCUCUAAUCUCCGCUAGUGAUGACCCGCCGCGCAACUUUAUCGAGUCGCACAAGCACCGUAUGUGAUGGGUGGACCGGGGUGCUGCCGCUCUUUGGGAUGAUCAAUGCAUGUCGUCGUUUGUG